AGUCGUGUGCGUGUGGAUGAGUCAGAGGCGGAGGGUCUCCUCUCGCUCUAUAAAGCGCGCCUGGCGAAGGUUGCGGCUCAGCGCUCCAGCCGCCAGUCCUUCGCGCUCGACGGCGCGUCUCUGCCGGACGGACUCCCAGCCGACGGAAGGGCGGGACGAGGCGGCGACCAAGCGGCCAAAGGCAGGCGAGGGUGCGCGUUCGCCAUGAGGCCCCGUGGGCUGCUGCCCGUCGUGCUGCUGCUGGCGACCGAGCUGACCUUCCGGAGCUCUGGAGCCUCGGCAUCGCCCCAAGACGGCGAGUACGCCGUGAGGCUGUGCGGACGAGAGUUCAUCCGCGCCGUCAUCUUCACCUGCGGAGGGUCGCGCUGGAGGAGGGUCGCCGAGCGGCCCACGGAGCAGGCACCGCUCGACGCCGCCAGGGCGCGCGCCGAGUUUCUUCAAACUAGCACCGACAAAGGACUCGAUAAUAUUAACUUGCAGUCUGUCUUGGAUCCUGAACUGGAGCAACUGCAAAGCAUCAGUCAACAAGUUGGAAAGCCGUCGCUGAAAGACUUUUUAAAUUUAUAUGAUUAUUUUAAUGAAUAUGUUCCUACUUCCAGUGAAUACAAUGAAUACAUCCGUCAAUUGGGAGAUGCAGCCCACAAAAGCAGAAGCGAAACUGGGGUUGCCAAUUCCAUCAGCCCAUAUAACUUUCCUUUGGUCAAACAGCCUAGAAUAAAGCGCGCAACCCCUAUGGGGAUGGCCGGACUGUGUUGUAAUUGGGGAUGUACCAAAACUGAGAUUAGUAGAUUGUGUUAAGAAUACCUUCAUAUUUGCACAUCCAAUUUUUCAGGAACACCAAAAACUCAAUAAAAAAAUUCCUUCAGUAGCACCUUAAAGACCAACUAAGUUUUUAUUUUGGUAUGAGCUUUCGUGUGCAUGCACACUUCGUCAGAAUCUGUUUCAGUGUCCAGUGAUGGCGAACCUAUGACACGUGUGUCAGAUAUGACACGCAGAGCCCUCACUGCUGGCACACGCCCCAUCGGCCCAUUCGUGUUGUUGUUGUUUUGUUUUCCCCCAUUUGUUCUCCCACUCCUCCUACAGCUUGUCUCCGCUACAGCUUGUCUCCGCUGUUAAAAACCCCCCGAUCCUUUUUUGUUGUUGUUGCUGCUGCUGGUAGCCAGAGAUUGCUUUUUAACCCUUUCUGUGCUGUUUUGGCAGACUAUGAUUGGGUGUAACAGUGCUCGUUUUUUAACCUGUUCUGUGCUGGGUUUUUUGGCACUUUGGCAGACUAUGUCGGUGCUGCGUGUUAGUUCCAGCAAAGGUAUUAUUCAUCAUUUAUUUCUGCUCCCUUUCCCCCCAAAAAAGUGCAGCAGCUUUGGGGCAUCUCCCCCCAAAAAGCAAAGCAACUUUUGCACCCCCCAAAAAACCUCCAAAACUUUGGUUAGCAGCUGCCCCCAAAAGCUCAACAACUCUGGGCACUUUGUGAUAAAUAAGGAUAAAUAUGGUGCUGGAGGAGACUCUUGAGAGUCCCAUGGACUGCAAGAAGAUCAAACCUAUCCAUUCUUAAGGAAAUCAGCCCUGAGUGCUCCCUGGAAGGACAGAUCGUGAAGCUGAGGCUCCAAUACUUUGGCCACCUCAUGAGAAGAGAAGAAUCCUUGGAAAAGACCAGGGUUGGGAAAGAUGGAGGGCACUAGGAGAAGGGGACGACAGAGGACAAGAUGGUUGGACAGUGUUCUUGAAGCUACGAACAUGAGUUUGACCAAACUGCGGGAGGCAGUGCAAGACAGGAGUGCCUGGCGUGCUAUGGUCCAUGGGGUCACGAAGGGUUGGACACGACUGAACGACUAAACAACAACAAGGUUUUUUUGGUUUGGUUUGGUUAAAUAAUUAGUUUUUGGUUUAUUAAAUACAGUUAUAUAUUACAAUUAUACAUUUUUGUUAUUUAAACUAUAAAUAUCGCGAAAUUAUGGGUUUUUUCUCAAAGUGACACACCACCUAAGUUAUGCUCGGUUUUUUGGCGAAUUCUGACACACCAAGCUCAAAAGGUUGCCAAUCGCUGGUGUAUCUGACGAAGUGUGCAUGCACACGAAAGCU